UUAGGUUUUCUGAAGGUCAACAAUGAAAAACAGAACCAUGUUUGGUGAGUUUAUUCUACUGGGCCUUACAAAUCAACCUGAACUCCAAGUGAUGAUAUUCAUCUUUCUGUUCCUCACCUACAUGCUAAGUGUCCUAGGAAAUCUGACUAUUAUCACCCUCACCUUACUAGACCCCCACCUCCAGACCCCCAUGUAUUUCUUCCUCCGGAAUUUCUCCUUCUUAGAAAUUUCCUUCACAUCCAUUUUUAUUCCCAGAUUUCUGACCAGCAUGACAACAGGAAAUAAAGUUAUCAGCUUUGCUGGCUGCUUGACUCAGUAUUUUUUUGCUAUAUUUCUUGGAGCUACUGAGUUUUACCUCCUGGCCUCCAUGUCUUAUGAUCGUUACGUGGCCAUCUGCAAACCCUUGCAUUACCUGACUAUUAUGAGCAGCGGAGUCUGCAUACAACUAGUGUUCUGCUCCUGGUUGGGGGGAUUCCUAGCAAUCUUACCACCAAUCAUCCUGAUGAGCCAGGUAGAUUUCUGUGUCUCCAACAUUCUGAAUCACUAUUACUGUGACUAUGGACCUCUCAUGGAGCUUGCCUGCUCAGACACAAGCCUCUUAGAACUGAUGGUCAUCCUCUUGGCUGUUGUGACUCUCGUGGUUACUCUGGUGCUGGUGACACUUUCUUACACAUACAUUAUCAGGACUAUUCUGAGGAUCCCUUCUGCCCAGCAAAGGACAAAGGCCUUUUCCACUUGUUCCUCCCACAUGAUUGUCAUCUCGCUCUCUUAUGGCAGCUGCAUGUUUAUGUACAUUAAUCCUUCUGCAAAAGAAGGAGGUGCUUUCAACAAAGGAAUAGCUGUACUCAUUACUUCGGUUACUCCCUUGUUGAAUCCCUUCAUAUAUACUUUAAGAAAUCAGCAAGUGAAACAAGCUUUCAAGGACUCAGUCAAAAAGAUCGUGAAACUUUAAAAAAGGAGAUUACACUUCAAAAUACAUUUUCACUUAACAAAUAUGCAUUGAACGUCUAUAUUUCAAGUGCUAAAUUGGCCCU